AUGGCUUCCAUUCAGCCCUUACGGUGCGAUCUGUUUGAACCUCCGCCCGACGAUGAGCGCGCCGCAGAGGAGCAGGCUGCCAUGGAUUCCUCCCACGAAAGCAACCUUGCCAUGGCCAUCGAGCAGUCGAACCCCACUGGCGCAUCGCCCAGAAUCAGCCGCCUCAUCAAGCCUGUGCGCUACGACCUGUUCACGCCUCCAACCGACGAUGAGAUUGGUGCUGCUGAGCAACCUCCCACGGAACCCUCUGGGGAAAGCGUCAUUGUGACUGCCAGUGACAGCGAGCAGCCCACAGCAACGUAUGCACCGCCCCGAGUCGAACGCCUGAUCAAACCCGUUCGCUGCGACCUUUUUACGCCUCCAAUCGACGAUGGACCUGCUGCUGCGGAGCCGCGUCCCACUGAGCCUUUGCAGGAGAGCGCCACUGCCACUACCUCGAACAGCGAGCAGCGUACAGCAACACUCACACAGCUUAGCGUCAACGACUCCAACGAGUGGUUCAGCAAGACGUGCAAGGACGUUGUCACGCCCGACACCCUCCAGACUGCCGUCACCCAAGGCGUCUCCACCUCGACUUCCGGGACGGUUCUUGCAAGCACCGAAAAGCUGUGGCCCGACUCUCCGCAGACCAUCCACUACUGCUUUCUGCCCGGCGACCACGUCGGCAGCAACGUGCAACAGGACAAAGUGAGAAACGCCAUCCAAGAAUGGUCGCACUACGCCAAUGUUCGCUUUGUCGAGGGCGUCGAUCCGGCGAGCUGCGACAUUCGUAUCACCUUUGACCCCAAAGAUGGUAGUUGGUCGUACGUCGGUACGGACUCUCGCAUCAUCGAGCCACGGGAUGCGACGAUGAAUCUGGCAGGGCUGCAGGCGUCGGCGUCGAUGACUGCCAACGAGAGGGCAUCGAUCCUGCACGAGUUUGGUCAUGUGUUGGGCUUGCUUCACGAGCAUCAGAGUGCUGCACACGGAGGCACAGCCAUCGAUGUGCAAGCUGCACUCGAACUAUAUCGUUCCGACCGACGCUGGUCAGACAAGCAAGUUCACGACCAAGUGCUUGAUGUCUACAAUCAAUACGACGUGUCCGACUACUCGCAAGUCGACGUGACUUCCAUCAUGCAUUUUCCACAGCCCAAAGAGCUUACGGGACUUGACCAAGAUAUUGGUUAUAACAAGGAGUUGAGCGAUCUCGACAAGGCGUACGUGGUGGUGCAGUAUCCGCGCGAGAAUCCGCCCUCGGAAGCGCCGCAGUGGACUUUUGACUAUGCGCUCGGGGUGAUUGGAUGUCCUGAAUCGGUGGCGCAGCAGCUGCGCGAUGCCAAGGUGCAAGGAACCGACCAUCAGGGAUCCAUUGAUCCCACAUCGAUCCGCCAGAUCCUAAGCGAUUGGACCAAGGCCUCUCACAGUGAGGGUGGCGCAAGAGCAUCCCGACGCGAAGUGGCGAGACCGACAGAUGCUCCCGCUAUGAUGGCCGGUGCAUCUCAGCCGUUCCAGAUGACCAACGAGCUCUUGGACCGCGGAGGCAUCGUUGGCGGCCCCAACGGCGAAUCGCUGGCCAGCAACUACACUAAGGCGCUCCACUCGCUCGUGCCUUCGUACGAAGGCGCCGAAGCGCGCAAGAAGCAAGAAGAAAUGCGUGCCUGGCUGCUCGCCGACGCUGAAUCUAGCAGUGCUGCCAGUUUGAGUACGGACAAGGGCGCCAGCCGUGCCCACAUCCCGAGCACCGCCGAGAUCCUGCAGGACGCCAAGGACGCGCUGCGCGAAAGUAGGCUCAGCUCUUUCUCCGCCGAUCCUAGCGUCUUUCCCGUGCAGAUGGACCCCAAGGACUGGCACGACGCACUCGAUGCGGGACAUACGGCAGACGAGCUCAGCCAGGAUCCUGCGCUAUUGCACGCUGUUCUCCGCUCCAAUGACUAA